AUGAUGGACCAUUUAACAUACUCAUCGAAGAGCCCCGCAAAAUCCAGCCCGAGUUUCCCGGAAGACAUUGAGGACGAGGACGAUGAUCCUAUUGACAUUCCGUCGUUAAAGUUUACAUCUUGCAAUGCGAACAAUGGUAGUGAUGACCAGGAACACCCGGCUGAUGUCACUAUGUUGGUUGAAGCUGAUGAUGACGAUCUAGGCCAGUCUCGCUCCUUUCAUCACACAGCUGACAGUCCAAGAAAUCCUACUGAUUCUUCGGAUAAGAAAGUACAUUGGUCUAAUCAAAACGUGCAGACUUUGUUGGACUGUGUCGAAAAGCAUCUGGACGAAUUUAAUGUUCAGAAGAAGCACAAGCAGGUUUGGCAAACAAUCGGGGCAGAAAUGGAGACACUCGGGUUCACUAUGGAGCACUGCUAUAACAAAUGGAAAAACCUUCGUCGUGACGUACGUCUCCUUGUCAAUAAUCCCCAAAAGGCAGUCAGGAAUGCGGACAUCCUCAGGCGCGUUGCCCGACUCAUUUUAGUCAUUUACCCCAAUAUUGAUGCAACAACCAUGCAGGUAGCGGGAGAUCGUAACGGUGGUAAAUCCGCUCCUGCCACUCCUGUAGGUUUAGGAACUUUGAACUGCAAAGUAACCAUGCCUUCAGCCCUACAUGCUCCAGAUUCGCCUCGUUUUGGCUUCACGGGAUCUUGCACCCCCCAAUCUCUUACUCCCGGUUUCCACUCCAUAACUCCAAACGGAAACAAGUACAAACAUGAUCGAGAGCUUAGUGAACCUAGCAUUCCGGGCACGGCUCUGUUUACGAACAUGAGUUCUGACAAUGAUGCGCAUGAAUUUCAUACUGACCCCAAUGCUAAUUCCAACAGCACCGGAUUCCCAUUUAUUUUCAACCCUGCCGCAGCAGCCCUUCUGGUUCAAUCCCAAUUGUUUAAUGACUUGUUAUUACAACAGCAACGAGCGCGUGAUGACGAUCUUCCUCAACAACGAGAACAGCUACGUCCAGCCGCAAGCACACCGAACAAAUUCGCUUCCAACACCUCUACCGUUAACGGAAACGGUCUGCAUGUGAGUGAUACUUCGCAGGCCGUAUCUCUGGCUUCCUCCCUGCUCAACGGACUUGCAGCCGUGGAGAAUAAUCAGCUGAUUUUGCCCGUGGUUUCGGCCUCCCUAUCUGACUCAGCCCAGCAGCUGAAUCGACUCCCACCUGGAAGCGAACUAGCCGGCGUUGUUGAGCGUUUACGAGAUGAGGAGACUAUCCACAUGAAAUUGACCGAUAUGGUUACCCAUCUGGCGACUGAACUGCAUGCAGCUGGUAUGCGUCGUCGGGCAGCAUUGGAUCAGUUGUUGGGGAUUAUGCAGGGAGCUCGUAUCCCGUCUACCCUUAUGCACAAGCCGAAAACAGCUGAUGCGAGCAAUCUAGUU